AUGGAUGUUGAAGCGUUUGAUCGUCAGCCCGAACCUUGGGCAAAUGAACGUGAUGAUACACAAGAAGAUGACACUCUUGGUACACCAAUAACACGAACCAGAAGCAGUGUAGGCGGCUAUGGUGAGCGGGAUGGCAACGCCGUGGAUUAUGAUCAAGCUGUAGCCGACUAUGAAGAUAUGCGACGCCAACUCACUAAGCAAUCAACAAGACCCACUACCAUCAGCAAACCCGAAAGUGGCAGCGAUGUUGAAAAGGUUGCUGAAGAACGUUUUGACCUUACGGAUUUUCUUUCUGGCAUUGAUCGACGUCUAGGCGAACAAGGAUUUCAACCCAAGCACUUGGGUCUUGUCGUUCGAAAUCUAACAGUCAAGGGUCUUGGUGCUGAUGCAGAAUGGAUCCCUACCUUGGCUACGGUAGCCGAAAAGAUCGUAAAGUUUUGGAAUUGGGGUCGCAAGAUGGGCCAUGAUCGUACCAUCCUUAAGGAUAUCACGUGCUUUUGCAAGCCUGGGCAAAUGCUACUCGUGUUAGGCCGUCCAGGUUCAGGAUGUACCACUACCUUGCGUGUUUUAUCUGAAUUGAGACAUGGCUUUACUGAUAUUACCGGUGACAUCAAGUAUGGCGGCAUUGAUUCCAAAGAAUUUGGAAAAACGUAUCGUGGCGAGGUGGCAUACAAUGAAGAAGAGGAUGUUAAUUAUCCAACAUUGACAGCCAAGCAAACAUUGCAAUUUGCUUUACGUCUCAAGACUCCUGGAAAGCGUCUCAAUGAUCAAGGAAAAAAGGACUUUAUCAAUAAUGUCAUUUACAUGCUUAGCAACAUGCUGGGUCUUGUGAAGCAAUUAGACACCAUGGUUGGCAACGAAUUCGUCCGUGGUCUCUCUGGUGGCGAACGUAAAAGAUUAACGAUUGCAGAGCAAAUGACAACUGGUAGUUGUAUCAACUGCUGGGAUUGUUCGACCCGUGGUCUUGAUGCAUCAUCGGCUUUGGAUUACGUGCGCUCCUUACGUAUUAUGACUGAUAUCCUCAAAAAGACAACCGUGGCCACGUUGUAUCAAGCUUCCGAUAGCAUUUUCAACCUUUUCGAUUACACCAUGGUUCUAUACGAAGGCCAUUGUAUCUAUUUUGGACCGAUUCUUCAAGCCAAGGCUUACUUUGAAGAUUUGGGCUUUGUGUGUCCUUCACGUAAAUCGACUCCGGAUUUCUUGACGGGUAUCAGCAACUUUCAGGAACGUGAGGUGAAGCCUGGCUUUGAAGAUAAGGUGCCCAAUACACCAGAGGAAUUCGAAGCUUGUUACAAGAACUCUCCAAUUUGGAAACAAAUGCUUGCAAGCUUGGAAGAAUACGAAGCUGAAAUCCAACAAAGUCGACCCGAUAUCGCAUUCCGUCAAGCUGUUGAAGAAGCACACCAAAAGCACGCUCGCAAGAAAUCACCUUUUACUGCAACACCCUUCCAACAAAUUAAAGCCCUUACCAUUCGCCAAUUCCAACUUAUUGGUGGUGAUAAGGGUGCCUUGGUAUCGCGAUAUGGUGGUGUCGUUGUGAAAGGUCUUAUCAUGGCAUCGGUCUUUUUCCACAUGCCCAAGGAAGCUUCAGGUGCCUUUUCACGUGGCGGCUUUCUCUUUUUCAGUCUUACAUUCAAUUCGCUGAUCUCACAAUCUGAGCUGGCUACUUUUAUGCAAGGUCGUGGUGUAUUGGAAAAGCACAAAUCCUUCGCAUUGUAUAGACCCAUGUGGUACUACAUCGCUCAAGUCAUUUCGGAUUUCCCAUUGGCUGUCAUCCAAGUCAUUAUUUUCCAACUUUGCGUUUACUUUAUGGCUGGUCUUAGCUUGACAGCUGGGCAGUACUUUACGUACAUGGUGAAUUUGAUAUUUAUCAACAUGUGCAUGAAUGGCUUUUUCCGAAUGUUUGGCUCCUUUGCACCCAACUUUUUCUUGGCAUCUCAAGCAUCCAGCAUUAUCCUUAUUGCCUUGCUUAUCUAUUCGGGUUACUUGAUUGGGUACACGCACAUGCAUCCUUGGUUGAUGUGGAUCUAUUGGAUCAAUCCUUUGGCCUAUUCCUUCAAGGCUAUCUUUUCCAAUGAAAUGCAUGGCAACUAUUUUAGCUGUGUUGGACCUGGCAAUUCUAUCCCUUCUGGACCAGCUUAUACGAACGUGGAUCAAGCAUACAAAGCAUGCUCCAUUCCUGGUGGUCAACCUGGCAGCUACUAUGUUUUGGGUGACACGUAUUUGAGCCUAAAGUAUGGCUACAAUACGUGGGAGCGAUGGAUCGACUUUGUUGCGGUGGUUCUUUUCUUUUUGCUAUUCACCGUGGUCACUGCCCUUUCCAUGGAGUAUCUCAGUAUUGGUGUGGGGGGUAGCUCACAAGUCAAGGUGUAUAAGCGAAAUCGUGCCCCAACUGAAGAUGCUGAGUCUUUGGCAAAGAAACGCAUGGCUCGAAAGAACGACAACUUUGAAGCUGUAACCGAAGGUACCACCUUUUCCUGGCAGCAUAUCGAUUACACUGUACCUGUCAAAGGUGGCACGAGGCAACUCUUGUGUGACGUUGGUGGCAUUGUCAAACCAGGUCAUUUGACAGCAUUGAUGGGUUCAUCGGGUGCUGGCAAAACGACACUAUUGGAUGUGCUUUCUCAACGCAAGACCAUUGGAAAAAUCGAAGGGCGCAUGUACAUGAACAAUGAAAAGCUCUUUUCGGAUUUCGAACGCAUCACCGGCUAUUGUGAGCAAAUGGAUAUCCACAAUCCCAAUGCCACUGUACGUGAGGCACUCAAGUUUUCGGCUUACUUGCGUCAACCUGCUGAAGUCCCCAAGGCUGAAAAGGAUGCCUAUGUGGAGCAAAUCAUUGAACUUUUGGAAAUGGAAAUGAUAGCGGAUGCCUUGAUUGGUAAUGCUACUGGCAACAAGGGUAUCUCUGUUGAAGAACGAAAACGUCUUACCAUUGGUGUCGAAUUGGUUGCCAAGCCCAAACUUCUUUUCUUGGAUGAACCUACUUCAGGCUUGGAUGCUCAAUCAUCUUUCAACAUCAUUCGAUUUAUUCGAAGGCUUGCUGAUGCAGGUUGGCCGGUGUUGUGUACGAUCCAUCAGCCUUCAGCUACGCUCUUUAGCUACUUUGACCACAUUUUGCUGCUUGUACGUGGUGGCCGAACUGCCUAUCAUGGUCCUAUUGGCGAAGAUAGCAAGGUCAUGAUUGAUUACUUUGAAAGCAAUGGUGCAUCCAAAUGCUCGCCUAGUGCCAAUCCUGCUGAAUACAUUCUUGAAGUGGUGGGUGCUGGUACAGCUGGUGUAGCGCAAGCCGACUGGGCAGAGAUUUGGGAAGGUUCCAAACAAGCAAAAGACCUUGAAGCUGAACUUGAAGCCAUCCAUAAUGAGGUUGAUCAACAGCAAGUUAAGCAUCCAAGAACUUACUCCCUCGACUUUUUCAAGCAAUUCUGGUUGGUCUACAAGCGCAUGAAUGUGUCAUGGUGGCGUUCACCAUCCUACAAUGUGGGUCGUCUUGUGAAGGUGUGCUUUGUCGCCCUCUUAUCAGGUUUUUCUUUUUGGAAAAUGUCUGAUGCUGCUUUCGAUCUCGAGAAUAGAUUGUUCUGUAUCUUUUGUACUCUUAUCAUGGCCAACUCGCUUAUUGUCUUGGUGCAACCACGUUAUAUGGAAGAACGCCAAUGGUUCCGCCGUGAACAUGCAUCCAAGUAUUAUGGAUGGGCACCAUUUGCCUUAUCUUGUAUUCUUGUUGAAAUGCCUUAUAUUUGGAUAUUCGAUGCCUUGUUCAUGUUUUGCUUUUACUGGACGGCUGGCCUUGAGAAUGUAUCGGAUCGCGUUGGCUACUUUUAUCUUUUGUUUGGCACUUUUCUUGGUUUCUCCAUUUCAUUCGGUGAACUCAUUGCUGCAUUUUCAACCACGCCAACGAUGGCAGCUGUCAUCAAUCCAUUCUUCUCUUCCAUCCUUAUUUUGUUUGCUGGCAUCAUGCAACCACCUGAAAAGAUGCCACACUUCUGGAAUGCUUGGAUGUAUUGGCUUGAUCCAUAUCACUACUUGAUUGAAGGAUUCAUCGUCAACGAGUUGCAUGAUUUCAAGGUCAAUUGUGUGGACCAAGACAUAUUGCCAUUCCAUCCCCCACCAGGCCAAACAUGUGCUCAAUACACUGAAGCAUUCUUCCAAGAGGGUGGCCCUGGCUAUAUUCGGGAGAGCUCAUUGAACAGCACAGAUCUAUGUGAAUAUUGCCCUUACAACUAUGGUGAUGAUUUCUUUAAGGCAUUGGGAUGGUCAUUUGAUAAUCGAUACCGUGAUUGGGGUAUCUUGCUAGCCUUUUGGAUCUUCAACAUCUUUGCAUUCACUUUCUUUGUAUGGCUCUUCCGCAAACCAAGACGUUAG